AAAUGAUAAGAAAAGAGGGUUUGUAUCUGAAUCUUCCCCCCAUCCAUCUAUGGCUUUUACUUCUAGAAAGCACAAGAAACCCAUUUCAUCUUCUUCUUCAUGGAGCAAAUUCCUAACGGAGCCACCGCCGGACUUCUUCCCGUCAAAGUCUGAACUUCUGAGGCUCGCAGCGGUUAUUACCAUCGCAACCACGGUGCUGAUAACCUGUAACUUCAUCAGUAACAUUCUCAAUCGCCAACCGAAGCCGUUCUGUGAUAACAUCGCAGAUUCCGAUACCAUUUCUCACGUAGAAUCGUGUGAUCCUUGUCCAACAAAUGGAGAAUGUAAAGAAGGAAAAUUGGAAUGUCUUAAUGGUUAUAGAAGAAAUGGGAGGAUAUGUAUAGAAGAUGGAGAUCUAAGUCAAACAACUAGAAAGUUUUCAGAAUUACUUGAAAGACAUGUAUGUGGAUCUUAUGCACAGAAUUUGUGUGAAGGAACUGGGGAGAUUUGGUUUCAGAAGGAUGAAUUACUCAAUAAUUUAGACGAUUCAAUCGUUGUAGAUAGCCAAACAAGUACUUUCGCGAAACAAAGGGCGUUCGAGACUAUUGCUAGUACAUUUGAGACGAGGACAAGUGUUCAUGGGACCCGAGAGUUGAAAUGCCCUGACUUAUUAGUUGAACAGUACAAACCGAUUUCAUGUCAUAUUCGGAACUGGUUCAUUGAGCAUGCUCCCAUAUUGAUGCUACUAGCUACAUUGUUAGUUGGAAGCAUGGUUUUGUUGCUAAAAGUUCGAAGGAAAUAUUAUCAAUCCACGAGAGCUGAACAGCUCUACAACCAGGUUUGUGAGAUACUUGAAGAGAAAGCUGUCACUUCCAGAGGUUUAAAUGGAAACGAAGAACCUUGGGUAGUUGCAUCGCGGUUAAGAGAUCAUCUUUUGUUGCCUAAAGAGAGGAAGGAUGGAUUGUUGUGGAAAAAGGUUGUCGAAUUGAUUCAAGAAGAUUCUCGUUUGGAUCAAUAUCCGAAACUAGUAAAGGGUGAUUCCAAAGAAGUGUGGGAAUGGCAAGUUGAAGGAACUUUGAGAAGUUCUGGAAAGAAGAACAAGGUUGAAGAAAGCAAGUUGAGAUCUAGUGAAAUCUUGAGCACCCCAUCUAACCAGCAGAACUGGAGAUUGAAGAAACCCGUGUUCUCUUGAACAGUUAAAUUUCAAUUUUAGCGCCUGAAAACCGUUAGUUGUCUGAUGGAAAUAUUGUAUAUUGACUAUCGAGUUUAUUUGCCUCAUUUAGGUUGGAUAUUA